AGGCGCGUCGGCGUGGCACGGAGGUCCUGCCGCAGAGCCACCGACCCCGCAGGCGCCUCUCCUCCCUGCAGGCCUGUCACAGACCUGUCAGCGAGUCAUCGCGGGCAGGGCCCGCGCUUCAGGCCACCGUCCCCAGCUGCGGCCUCCUCUCACGCCAGGGCCACUCCCCGGGCCCCGGCGCUCCGCCCGCAGCCCCAAGGAGUGGAGGCCGCCGCAGGAUCGGCUCCUGGGGUGAAGGGCCCCGGGAGGACCCCCGUAGGGUCUCCCCGGGUCGCGGCCGCGGAGGGGAAGGCCAGAUACUUAGCGAGGAUCGUGGCCUGAGCCGCCGUGUCGGGCAGCACCUCUGGCCGCAGCUGGCCCUCCCCCGCCCCAGCAGGUGUAUGGCCCGGCCGGCCGGCGUCCAGCGCUGGGUGAGCACAGCAGACUGGAGGGCCCGGGAGAUGCCAGCAAACCUCGACCUUGAAGAUGGUGAGUAGCCAGCCAAAGUACGAUCUAAUACGGGAGGUAGGCCGAGGUAGUUACGGUGUUGUGUAUGAAGCAGUCAUCAGAAAGACCUCUGCACGGGUGGCAGUGAAGAAAAUCCGAUGCCACGCACCUGAAAAUGUUGAACUAGCACUUCGUGAAUUCUGGGCACUAAGCAGUAUCAAGAGCCAACAUCCAAAUGUGAUUCACCUGGAAGAAUGCAUCCUACAGAAAGAUGGGAUGGUGCAAAAGAUGUCCCAUGGCUCUAAUUCUUCCCUUUAUUUACAGCUUGUAGAGACUUCGUUAAAAGGAGAAAUUGCCUUUGAUCCCAGAAGCGCCUAUUAUUUGUGGUUUGUGAUGGAUUUUUGUGACGGAGGAGAUAUGAAUGAGUAUCUAUUGUCCAGAAAACCCAAUCGGAAAACUAACACCAGCUUCAUGCUUCAGCUGAGCAGUGCCCUGGCUUUCUUGCAUAAAAACCAGAUCAUCCACCGAGAUCUGAAGCCGGACAACAUCCUGAUUUCUCAAAGCAGGUUGGAUACUAGUGACUUAGAACCCACAUUGAAAGUGGCUGAUUUUGGCCUAAGUAAAGUUUGUUCAGCCUCUGGGCAAAACCCAGAAGAACCUGUCAGCGUAAACAAGUGUUUCCUUUCCACGGCAUGUGGAACGGAUUUCUACAUGGCUCCUGAAGUAUGGGAAGGACACUACACAGCGAAAGCUGACAUCUUUGCUCUGGGGAUUAUUAUCUGGGCGAUGCUGGAAAGGAUCACAUUCAUAGACACAGAGACAAAGAAGGAACUCUUGGGGAGUUAUGUAAAACAAGGAACUGAAAUUGUGCCAGUUGGGGAGGCACUUUUGGAAAAUCCCAAAAUGGAACUUCUAAUUCCUGUGAAGAAAAAGUCUAUGAAUGGGCGAAUGAAACAACUGAUUAAGGAAAUGCUGGCCGCAAACCCUCAGGAUCGUCCAGAUGCUUUUGAACUAGAACUCAGAUUAGUACAAAUUGCAUUUAAAGAUAGCAGCUGGGAAACGUGACAUAUUAUUUACAGAUAUCUUGGAUGAUAUGCUGCUUCUGAUUUAACAGUGAUGCAACAUUAUGUGGCUGAAAAAGAAUACAAAAAGCUAAACUCCACCUUCUAAGGGUUUAGAUUUUAUUGUGGGAUUUUUUUUCCUCAUUUUUCUUAAUCCAAGCUGGCCAUUUUGUUAGUAUGUUUUAAAUGUAUAUUACCAAUGUGGGUGUAGACGUUUUUUGUUUUGUUUUGUUUUGUUUUUUUUUUAAUGAUCAUUGGUAGAAGUUUGGCAGGAAAAUUCCCUAAGAGCCAAGAAGAAAAGAGUCCAGUUUUUUGGAAUAUGUCUCUUAAGUAUUUUAGACAUUCCUUGUCAGUAUUAGGCAUUUCCAUGAAAAAAGAGGUUUGCAUGCUGGUAAUGCAACCUUUGAAGCUUUGUAAAGGAAACAUAUAUGUAUAUAUUUAUGUAUAUGUAAGUAUGUCAAUGUGUGCAUUUUGCAUUCCAUUUGAAGAAAAUGCCACUUCUGUUUAAAUUAUUUGAUAGAGGUUUGGGUUUUUGAGAUUUGCUGGUGAAACUAGUGAUGAAAAAUAAACGAACCUUCCCUCAUCUUCUUCCCCUGUCCCUCCCUCUAAUGAGAUCUUACUAAUUUUUUUUUGUAAUGUUAUAUAACUUUUUUUGAAGGCAUCAUUUUGGAGGGUCUAAAAUUACUAAUUAAUCAUAAUUGAAAUUAAGCAAUCCAAAGCUGCUGAAGUAUGUCUGAGCUCUCUCCAGUGCCCUGUAACUCUUAGACUUAAAUUAGUCAUGCAAUCAUAUGGUAGAGGUCAGCAAGGACAUUUAUUCAGUCAUACCUUCUUUUAGGUAACUGAGCAUUCUUUUAACUAAUUAAACCACUGCAUUGGGACAGAUCUGCCCUGGAGCAUCUACAAUCUGAUAUAAAUCUGAACACGGGAUUCUUUUGUUUCUAAAAGCUUUACUAUAAAUGAAAAACAACACUUGAUGUAUUAAUUUUUGGUUUCAAGACUGUCUAAGCCUCAGUAUAAAGUUGAAGAAACCAAAUCUCA